AUGACCAGCCUGCUGGUAAGCCUUGCCGCUCCUUCUUUAUUCGGUUCAACUAACACUCCUGUAGAUAGAUAUCAACGCGAGUUUUCUCUCCUGAACCGGUUCGGUCUCCAGGCCAAUGUAAUCAUCGCUGCCUCAUAUGCCAACUCUGAGAGCCAAGAUUUGGUUCUUUCCAAAGCCCUCAUCUACCCGGCCCUACGGCAAGUUGUGCGACAGUACCCCGAGUUGGGCUUGAUCAACUAUUGCCGUUCUUCGGAAAGGAAACGCUCCCAACAUCGUCUUUAUUCGGCAGUUCUACAGAACAUCAAUCUUGACGCUCAUGUUCAAUUUAUCAAUAUCCCCAGGGAAGAGGAAGAUGCAGGUCUUGGUACCACUAUAGAACGAUACCACGGCCUGUGGUUUGACCCUUCAAAAACGCCACCAUGGCGAUUAGUUGUGGUCAAUGGACGGCAUGCGCUGCUGGUGUUUGACCAUUUUAUUACUGAUGCCCGCGGGGGCUCUACAUCCUGGAGAGCCUAUUGGAGGCACUCAACGCCCCAGAAGAAGACCAAGGCUGUGCCCCAGUUGUGGACUUAA